AUGUCAAAUACAGAAGCCGCACGUAUAUAUGAGUCCAUCAUUGAUGAUGUUAUAAAUGAUUCAAGACAAGAUUUUGAGGACAGUGGUAUUGAUGAAGCUACAUUGCAAGAUUUAAGAACGAUAUGGCGUGAUAACCUAACGCAGACGCGAGUUGCAAACUUUUCAUGGGCUCCAGAUGCUAUUGUUAAUAAUGGAUUAUCCACAGACCCACAAAACAUUACAGAAGCAUCAAGUAUUACAAGUGAUGUUAAAAAGGAAAAUUCGGCAGUACCAAUCCCACAAGAGUCAACCACUGGUAACUUUGAACUAGAACUACAGGGUUCAAACGGUGAUAUUGCCAAAUCCCUACAAAAACAAAAGGAGAAUAUAGAGAAAAAGGAAAGAACAUUAGCUUCCUUGGAUUCUGAUGAUAUAAAUUCUGAUCUUGAUGAUUCUGACGAGGAAGAUUUGGGCUCUGAUGAAGAUGGUGAUGAUGCAGAAGGUAUGAUUAUUCUAUGUUUGUAUGAAAAAGUUUUGAGGGUUAAAAACAAAUGGAAAUGUAAUUUAAAGGAUGGUGUUGCUAAUAUAAAUGGGAAAGAUUACGCAUUUGCAAAAGGUACUGGGGAAUCCGAAUGGUGA